GUGGCUCCGGGCUGGGACGUCUCAGUGCCUCCUGGUCCAUACAGCCAGCCGUCUGCCUGGCCCGUUCCGACCCCGGUCCGCACAGCCCAUUCGCCCUAGCUCAGCCUCUCCAGCCCACUACCAGCCGCAGCCAUGGACGCCAUCAAGAAGAAGAUGCAGAUGCUAAAACUUGAUAAGGAGAAUGCCAUUGACAGAGCCGAGCAAGCAGAAGCCGACAAGAAACAAGCAGAAGACCGCUGCAAGCAGCUGGAAGAAGAGCAGCAGGGACUCCAGAAGAAGCUCAAGGGGACAGAGGAUGAGGUGGAAAAGUACUCCGAGGCUGUGAAAGAUGCCCAGGAGAAACUGGAGCAGGCGGAGAAAAAAGCCACUGAUGCUGAAGCAGAUGUGGCCUCCCUGAACCGGCGUAUCCAGCUGGUAGAGGAAGAGUUGGACAGGGCCCAGGAACGUCUGGCCACGGCUCUUCAGAAGUUGGAGGAAGCAGAGAAAGCAGCGGAUGAGAGCGAGAGAGGAAUGAAGGUCAUUGAGAACCGGGCCAUGAAGGACGAGGAGAAAAUGGAGCUGCAGGAGAUGCAACUAAAGGAAGCCAAACACAUUGCAGAGGAUUCCGACAGAAAAUACGAGGAGGUGGCCCGGAAGCUGGUGAUCCUGGAGGGGGAGCUGGAGCGCUCAGAGGAGAGAGCAGAAGUGGCUGAGAGUAAAUGUGGGGACCUAGAGGAGGAACUGAAAAUUGUUACCAACAACCUGAAAUCCCUGGAGGCCCAAGCGGACAAGUAUUCCACCAAAGAAGACAAAUAUGAAGAGGAGAUUAAACUGCUGGGAGAUAAACUGAAGGAGGCUGAGACCAGGGCAGAGUUUGCUGAGAGAUCUGUGGCAAAGCUGGAGAAAACCAUUGAUGAUCUGGAAGAGACCUUGGCCAGUGCCAAGGAGGAGAACGUAGAAAUUCACCAGACACUGGACCAGACGCUGCUGGAACUCAACAACCUGUGAGACCCCAGCCCAGCCCAGCCCAGGUGGACCUGGCUGCCCCUACCCUUACCCUCCCUUACUUCCCUCCCUCCCUCCCUGCUCAGGGCACUCUUCCCUGCACUUCAAACCCAUUAAAACCACCAUCUCAACCAA